AUGGAGGAGUAUAAGGCAACUAAUAAGAGUAUGGCUAGCACAGCAACGCAGGUUGAAGGUAGAGGUACAUGGGCUCCACCUCCAGAAAAUGUUUUCAAAGUUAAUGUCGAUGGGGCUAUUUUUACAGGUCAAAAAGCAACGGGUGUUGGAAUGAUUAUCAGAGAUGACAAGGGUAGGCUUGAGGCUGCAAUGAGCAAGAAGAUAAAUGCUCCAUUGGGUGCUGUAGAGGCAGGGGCUAUGGCUUAUGAAACAGGUUUGAUGUUUGCAAAGGAUAUAGGCAUUCAAGACUUUAUCAUUGAAGGAGACUCACUUGUUAUCCAUCAUGCCUUAUGUGAAGCAUCCACCCCGCCCUCCUCUGUGGCUGCUGUAGUACAAGGAAUGAAGGAAAUAUGUAGGGAAUUCUGUGGGGUUGAGUUUUCUCAUGUUAGGAGACAGGGCAAUAAACCUGCCCACCUCCUAAUUAAACAUGCUUUUGGCAUUGUUGACUUCAUUGCUUGGAUUGAAGAAAAUCCUUACUUUCUUGAGCAAGCUCUUAUCUAUGAUGUAACAAGUUCAUCUACCUUUUAA